CAAACCUUUCAAUACAGUAUACGGGGGUUCUGUAUAGCAGGAAGUGUUAUGAGCGCCGCGAAGGGUAUACCGAAUUCCUUUUACUGGAAGCUGUCUGGCAUAUGCUUUGUCAUUGGAGGAUGCAUGGAGGGCUUCAUGUACGCUACUGGCUUCUAUGACAUAGUCACUAAGAAGGAGGCGGAGAAGUACGUGGAGUCCCUCGAGGAGCGCCAGGAGCUGCUGCGCAAGCUGCGCGAGCGGGGGCUUCUGGAAGGCACCGACAUCGGCCUGACCACCUCCCCGGCCGGUGACGCCAGCCGUCGCUAGGCAGCUUCCUAGCCUUCCUAGAGGUC